AUGACUUGGCCGAAAUUUCCAUCGAAUUCAUCGAUAAACCAUAACAUUGAGCAGGAGAAACGUGCAGUCGUCGUGCUUACUACUACCGAAAUCGAUGAUUCCAUAUUCGUAAGAUAUUCGGAGCUAGGGAAGCUAUUGAAAGUGGUGGCCAUGUGCAUUCGAUUUGGUACUAACUGUCGAAGCCCGAAAGCAGAACGAGUUUUCGGGAACCUUACUCCGGCAGAGAUCGACAGGGCGUUAAAAUCCAUGGUACGCCUAGCUCAGGUGAACAGCUUUCCCAAGGAAAUUCAACAACUCAAAUGCCAUAAGCUUGAUCCCACAAAACCCAUCGAGUUUGAUACUAAAUCUGCUCUUAAAACUCUGAACAUUCGUCUUGAUCAGUCCGAUCAUUUACGCUUGGAUGGUCGACUGGGAAACGCUGCAGGUCCAUACGAUUCUAAAUUCCCUAUGAUUCUGCCAGCUAAACAUCCACUUAGUUUCUUAAUAGCGCGUUCUCUACACCACAGGACGGCCCAUUCAGGACCUGGGCUGUUACUAGCAACCAUGCGCCAAAGGUUCUGGCCGAUGCGUGGGCGCGAACUGGUUCGAAAUAUUGUUCGAAAGUGCAUUACUUGCUUCCGUUGCCGACCUGCAGAUUAUCAUCAACAGAUGGCACCCCUGCCAGCAGUUCGUGUAGUACCAUCCAGAGUAUUAUCCAAAGCUGGUUUAGACUACUGCGGGCCAUUUAACGUUCGUCCGUUGUACGGGAGGGGGGCCAACGUGAAAAUGUACGUAGCGAUUUUCGUUUGCCUGGCGGUAAAAGCGGUACACAUCGAAAUCGUUCCGAACCUUACGUCCGCCGCGUGCAUUAGCGCGAUCAAACGGUUUGUGGCUCGACGCGGUCGGUUAAUCGAGCUGCAAUGCGAUAACGCGACAGCUUUCGUCGGGGCUGAUCGCGAGCUAAAGUCGUUACGUCGCCGGUAUCUCGAGCAGUUCAAGACGGAAGAGUGGAAGGGCUACUGUAUCGAUUCCGGAAUCUCCUUUCGUUUUAUUCCGGCCCGCUCUCCGCAUUUCGGGGGUCUGUGGGAGGCCGGAGUGAAGUCCUUCAAACACCAUUUUCGCCGAAUUUUUGGUGCCAGUUCCUACACUUUGGACGAAUUCACGACGGCAGCGACCCACAUCGAGAGCAUUCUAAAUUCCCGGCCUCUCACUCCCCUCACUGAUCAUCCAGAUGAUCUCGCUGUGCUGACGCCUGGCCAUUUCCUGGUCGGCGAAGCAAUGUUCUCCAUCCCAGAACCGGACAUGACGAAUGACCAGAGGACUCCAGCGCAGAAUAUCUACAAGGGAGCUUUGGUGCUUCUGAAGCAAGAAGAGCUGCCACCGUUCAUGUGGAACAUUGGAAGGGUGGAAGAAACCUAUACGGGAGCCGACGGUUUGGUGCGUGUAGUUCUCGUACGUACAAACCGCGGAGUAUACAAACGGGCAGUCACCGAGGUACGAGUACUGCCAAUUGAUGGCCACGAUACUAAUAAACUACCCACCGCCAGGAUGUUAGACGACGAUCGUUGA